UGGAACAUUGCAUACGCUGACUGAACAGUACACUACACCUGUUACGUGGGCGCUCGACAAAGGCAGUUCUUUUAAAAUGAAGCAAGUCAUCCUCGCUCUCGUAUCGCUCUGCUUCUUCGACCUCAUUGCGCCACAGUGCGAGAAAGAAAACAUGGCGCAGAUAAUUUCUGAAGCUGACGCUGAAUGUAAUGCAAAGUACAGACAGCAAUACGGACUGACUACUGGAAAACACACAGAUUUGGUUUCCGAUACGACAAGAUGCUGCAUGUUGACUUACGGCAAGGACUGCGUUCCCUUACGACUCAGAGAAAAACGAUGCGAUCAACUGAUCUUUACACAUUUUAAGGAAAUGAGGAGCAAGCAAAUAGUGGCGGAAUGUGCAUCCUUGAACUUCAACUGCCCUCUUGCAGCAACGUGCGAUUCCACAACAAUAUCCGAGGCCAACAUUGACUGCUAUAAAAGAUUUGAAACUGAACACGGCAUUUCCCGAAAACCAACUGAUCCAAUUGAGCCAAUUGGGAAUAUAACUUUACUCUGUAGUAUGUUAAAAUACAACAAGUAUUGCGUUCCUAAACUCCUAGAAGACAAAGGAUGCCACCCCGCUGCUGCUAUACAGGCUGCGAUGGAGAUAGAGACAAGAUUGCAAAAUUGUCCAACAUUCAACCCGAUAUUCGUCCCUCCACCACAGUGCACGCAAGGCUUACCCGACGCCAAAUCCAUUUGCGAGUACAGAUAUAAAAAGGAACAUGGAACCAUAGCUCCAAAGCGUCGUGCAGACCUGCAACCGAGAGAUUCCGGCCGAGACAAGGUGCACAAAAAACGUUGCUGUCUAUUGCAAUACAGCAAGGAUUGUGUUCCGAAGAUACUCCAGAAAGAGUACCUAUGUAGUGAUCCAGGUUUUCUUGAGAUGUUCUUCGAGCAAAUACGAACUGAGUGUGGAACAUCCAAGUGGAACUGUACAGGUGUCCCUGCACCACAGUGCGAUGACGAACAAUUAUCCAACGCGAUGAAAAUUUGCGAAUACAAAUAUGCGGAGGAGCACGGAACCCUAGCUCCAAAACGUCGUGCAGACUCACAACCUAGGGAUUUGAGCCCUGAUCAGGUGCACAAACUACAAUGCUGUCAAAUGGAAUACAACAAGGUUUGUGUUCCGCGAUUUCUGAAACAUUACGGAUGCACUGAUCCAGAUUUUAUUGAAAUGUUCCUCGAGCAAGUACGCGCUGAAUGUGGAACAUCCAAGUGGGACUGCUUGCAGUGCAAUCAAAAAACUAUAUCCGAUGCCGAAGAUGUGUGCUUAAGGAAGUACGAACAGGAACAUGGCAUUAUUUCUAGAAGCCUGAUGUCCGGCAAUGACAAACGACUCUGCUGCACGUUGGACUACAAGAAGAAUUGUGUUCCAGAACAAUUAAAAGCUAAAGGAUGUGGUGAACAACUUCUUCAGAAUUAUGUUGCAAAGAUACAGCGUGAAAUGACAAACCAAUGUCCAGCAUCGAACUCGAUCUGUACCGUUUGCCCUCAAGGAUUACUAGACAGUGCAAAGAGUACCUGCUACAGCAAUUACCAACAGGAUAAAACUGCCUCCCAACUGCAUUGUUGUGUUAUGGAAUACAGCAAGACUUGUGUUCCGGAACUACUCGCAAGACAAGGAUGCGAUGCGACGGUUCUUCUUCAACGGUUCUUCAAGGACAUCAACGCUGACUGUGGGACAUCGAAGCCAGUCUGCUUGGAGUGCAAUCAAAAAGCAAUAUCAGAUGCGGAAGAUGUGUGCUUGAGGAAAUACGAACAGGAACACGGCAUCAUUUCUAGAGGCCUGAUGUCCGGCAACGACAAACGACUGUGCUGCAUGUUGGACUACAAGAAGAAUUGUGUUCCAGACCAAUUAAAACCAAAAGGUUGUGGUGAACAACUUCUUCAAAAUUAUGUUGCACAGAUGCAGAGUGAAAUGAGAUACCAAUGUGCAGCAUCGAACUCGAUGUGUGCCAUCUGUCCUACAGGAUUACUAGACAGUGCAAAGAGUACGUGCAACAACAAUUAUCAGAAGUUGCAAGACGCAUCCAAACUGCAUUGUUGUGUUAUGGAAUACAGCAAGACUUGUGUUCCGGAAAUACUCGAAAGACAAAGAUGCGAUGAGACGUUUCUUCUUGAGCGGUUCUUCAAGGACAUCAACGCUGACUGUGGAACAUCGAAGCCAGUCUGCGACGUUGCAUCAAAGUGCCCUAACAAAACGUUAUCACCUGCGCAGACUGUCUGCGAAGAAAGCUUUAUAAAGGAACGCGGCCUCGUCCUUCCCCCCGAAUAUGUGAACAAAGAGGCGAACAAAUGGUACUGCUGUAUGAUGCAGUACAGCCAGAAUUGUCUUCAGGACACGCUGAAAAAAGAAGGAUGCGAUUCCGAAGACUUUUUGCAGGGGUUCACUCGGAAAGUUGAGACUCAAUGUGGAACGUCCAAGUCGUUCUGCUCUGCUGAGUGUAAUAAAAACACGUUAUCCCAUGCACAGUCUGCGUGCAACGAUAGAUAUAUGCAGAACCAUGUGCUGAAUCCUGAAAAACCGGAAGCAUUGAGCCCGAAUACGCAGAAACAUCACUGCUGUAUGAUGGAAUACAGCAAGACUUGUCUACCGGAACUACUCAAACAACAAGGAUGUGACGACACAGGUUUCGUUCAGCUCUUCAUCCAACAAACAUAUAAAAUAUAUAGACAAUGUGGAACAUUUAAAUUGGACUGCGUCCCUGUACCGAAGUGCGACCCAAAAACAGUACCCAAUGCCGAGAAUGAUUGCGCCACAAAAUACAAGCAGUUGUACGGCCUUACAACGCGAAAACCUGAUGAGAAGCAAAAGCCGGCAGGUCUGAGCCCCGAGAUUGACAAGCAGUGGUGCUGUUCCAUGGAAUACAGCAAGAAUUGCGUUACGGAAGUACUAAAGGACAAACGAUGCGGUGAUGAGAUCAGCGCAUCUUUUCUUGAGCAGAAAAAGAAGAUAAUGGCAAAUAUGUGUGGUACGUCGAAAUUGGACUGUGAAUUCGACAAAAGCAAGAGUGCUGGGUGCAUGAAGUAUCCAGCAUGGACUCUGGCAGCAGCCCUCAUUGUGGCUUCAGUGAUGAAGGUAGUGUGACGUCAGUUGUAGUGAAAAGGGGAUCUACUGGUUUCCAUUUCGCUUGUUCGGGCCAAUUGAUCACAAUAAAUAUGGUUGUGUGACCGA